ACAUAUACCGGACACACCCUUGUGCUGUGCCAAAAUGGCGACUUUAUCAAUGGUCGCCGCCUCUCCUCCUUGGCCAUUGCAUGUAUUGGUCGAUCCAGUAUAUUAUUCCUCCCAAGCUGCAGUUCCUCUUCCCCUCUUUCCAUGUUCUUUGCCGCAUUCAAAAUACCUUGACAACAUUUGAAUCGUUUUUAAACAACAGUCUCUGGGCUGAGAUAAAAACGGAACAGCCGUAAGCGGUAUAGUAUCGCCGAGGUUCAAUAAACAUCACAGAAUGGUUAAUGAUCCUGGGUCGGAUUCGUCGACAGCAUCAGAGGAGCUACAAUGGCAAACGCCAACCUUAAAAGAAACACUGGAGCCCAAUGUCCUCAUGAGGCCCGAUGAACCGGACGACGUCGACGUCGAAAAAGCAGAAAGCAGCAGAUCUGCGCCGCGUUCUGGUCUCUUCUCCAAACUAUUCGCGAGACGCAGAAAAGAACAGGACACAACGAUUCUACCUGUAAUUAUUCCUAUUACAGAUCUUGACAAAGGCGUCGUCGGUUGGGAAAGUCAAGAUGAUCCCAAUAUGCCACUCAACUUUCCCAGCAGCCGCAAAUGGCUUAUCACGAGUCUCCUCUCGAUCAUCACAUUCAUGACGCCUUUUGCUUCGUCCAUCCUUGCUCCCGCUCUAGCAGCGAUGCAGAAAGAUUUUGGCGUCACUGACGUUACAUUGGGAUCGAUGCCUGUCAGCAUAUUCCUGCUGGGAUAUGCCAUAGGGCCGAUAUUGUUAUCGCCAUUGUCCGAAAUUUACGGUCGAAACCUGAUUCUCAUCACCGCAAGUGCGUGGUUUUGCUUUUGGCUUGUCGGCUGUGCGCUUGCCCCAUCACUCAACACGCUGAUCUUCUUCCGGUUCAUGACUGGCAUUGGCGGUUCGGGUAGUUUAACCAUUGGCGGCGGAAUCCUUGCUGACAUGUUCCCUGUAACCAGCCGCGGGAAAGCCAUGACGAUCUGGAUGUUGGGCCCCAUUGUUGGGCCUUCCAUUGCGCCCGUGAUUGGUGGGUUUGUUUCUGAGACAAUUGGCUGGCGUUGGACUUCAUGGUUAUCCUGCAUACCUGCUGCUGUUGCGGUGGUGGCUAUGGUCUUUCUAAGCCGCGAAACUAACGCCCAUGUGUUGAUUGCGCAAAAGACAAAGAAGCUUCAAAAAGGGCUGAACCGACCGGAGCUAAGAAGUUGCUACGUCGAUCCCGAUGCUCCAGUCUUGAGCAAGAGACAGAUUCUGCUCUUCGGCUUGAUCCGGCCAAUGAAGAUGUUGUUUCGCUCUCCUAACAUUUUCGGCCUAUCGUUGUACAUCUCCUUUGCAUAUGGCUGUCUAUAUCUGCUUUAUAAUACAAUUCCCACCGUCUUUGAGGGCAGCUACGGCUGGUCUUUGGGUAUUACCGGAAUUACCUAUGUCUCGCUGCUUUUCGGAUACAUCAUUAGCCUGACCUUUUUCGCUCUUCUCUCCGACAGCACCAUUAUUCGUAUGACGGCUGCCAAUGGUGGAGUUUAUGAGCCUGAGAUGCGCCUCCCAGAUUGCGUCUGGUUUGCGCUUAUUCUCCCAAUCACGUUCUUCUGGUAUGGAUGGGCCGCUGAUAAGGCUGUUCAUUGGAUCGUCCCGAUUAUUGGAAUUGUGCCAUUUGGCAUUGGUAUCCUCGGAGUGUUGCUACCCAUCCAAACAUACAUUGUCGAUGCAUAUCCGGAAUAUGCCGCCAGUGGCCUCGCUGCAUUUUCUGUAUUGCGGAACUCUCUUGCUGCUUUCUUGCCUUUAGCUGGGCCGCAAUUGUACAAGAGCCUCGGGGUGGGCUGGGGAAACUCGCUGCUCGGGUUUAUUGCCAUUGGGCUAACUCCCAUCCCAAUUCUGAUGUACAAGUACGGGAAAUGGCUGAGAAUUCGCUACCCUAUAAAGUUGUGAUGAUGGCAUUUUAAUUCGUGGCUUUUGCGUUUUUGGACAUUAUAUCUCGAGAAAACUUGUUCGAGAUGCAUACUGAUUUGUUAUUCGUUUAGUCUAGUUGAGAGUAUCGCUUUACGUGCAACACACAAAAACGGCUGGGUAUAGGUUCAUGGGGUACAAACAAAGAGAAGAGGCAUAGGUUUAAAUAUGGUUCAUAGUCCGAGUAUAUUUAUAGAGGGCGUUUAGUAAUUCUAUAAUAGUCAGCUUAAUAGAAAUAUUUCGAUCCCAGC